UGUGAGUUGGACAGUCAGAACUGGUUUUCAUGAUACGCUAGCAAUAUCGGUGUAGCUACACUGUGUGUAAUCGCUUCUUUUUAAACUUCAAUUUCUCGUGAUUGUUUUCUAAUAAAGUGCAUUACCCAGUCGCAGGAAGUACAAACACUUUGAUACUAUACUUCAGGAGAUUUUUCAAGUAUCUCUACUUGAGUAUUUAUUUUUCUCAUUGAAUGUUAAUUUUACUCCCUACAUUUGAGUACUUCCUACUCCUUACAUGAUCAAAAUAAACUUCACUUUUUUCAACAUCUGCAGAUGAUGACAGAACAUAAAAAAAAUUUAAAGAAAGAGGUAAAGUUAACCACAAUUGACAUCUUGAUUGACUGACUGAGAGCUUGACGACACAACAGAUUCAGAGAAGCAAGAUAUUCCCCAUCCAUUGCCUUAUGUAAGCAUGUUUUAUACGGGGCAGCACGGUCGACGACUGGUUAGCACAUCUGCCUCCCAGUUCUGAGGACCCAGGUUCAAAUCCGGCCUCGCCGGUGUGGAGUUUGCAUGUUCUCCCCGUGCCUGCGUGGGUUUUCUCCAGGUUUCCUCCCACGUCCCAAAAACAUGCAUGGUAGGUUUAUUGGAGACUCUAAAUUGCCAAUAGGUGUGAAUGUGAGUAGAGAUGGUUGUUUGUCUUUGUGUGCCCUGCGAUUGGCUUGCAACCAGUUCAGGGUGUACCCCCGAUAGCUAGGAUAGGCACACAACACUAGUGAGGAUAAGCAGUACAGAAAAUGGAUGGAUGGAUGUUUCAUACAGUUGGUUCCAAAAAUGAUUCAUGGCAAAUGCAUUGUGUCAUAUGGCAGCUUAGAAACCACAAGCUCCUGCCGUUCAAAAAUUAUAAGUCGAAUCUUAAAAAACACGUUCAGUACUUAUUUUUUUCAGUUUAUAAUUACCAAAGGCAUAUUUUGUUCUUUCGUUGUGCCAAGUUUUUAAAACAGAUAUUGUACAUAAUUGACAGCAAAAAAUACUAUUAUUAUUGUUACUUUUGUACUUCAUUUCGGAGUCUGUACGUUUUCAGAAUGAGUUCAAUCAGUACUUCUACUUUAAGCAAGGCAUUUUUUUGAUGAAAAAAAAAUACCACUCGAGGUAUUAUUGAAACACUGUGAUAUUUUCUUGCCUUGGGUUAUGUGGUGGAACGACAUUACCAUAUUUCCGCUUCUAGGUUAGUUUAGCUAACAGAGGCUAACGACUAUGCUAUUCCUAACCUAUGGCAAGAAUGAGAUAUGAAGGGAUGCCCUUAAUGUUCAAAGGGCCUCUUAACUCCCACCCUACAGUGAUGUGGCAAAAAGGUAGGUCAAAAAGCAAAAGCUACCCCGUGGAAAAUGAGUUGCAGUAACAGCCUCGUUCAGGUGCAAAAAUUGGUGGAGCAGCUUCAGCUGGAAGCAAGCAUGGAGAGAAUUAAGAUCUCUCUCACAGCAGUAGAUUUGGUCCAGUACUGCCAGGACCACAGGCGCAGUGACCCUCUAAUUACCAGCGUCGCUGCCUCCUCCAAUCCAUUCAAAGAUAAGAAGUCUUGUGUGCUGCUUUGAGACUCCUAAUUAGAGGGUUGACACCAGCUCAGCAGAACAUUUAGGUGUCAUUUGAUGUUAAUUUCAAUUCACCAUGCAAAAUUUGCAGCGCUUGUGUAGCCUGAUCGACAUAAUUUAAUUUGAAUGCUCUGUAAACACAUUUCUGAAAAUAGCAUUGUAUUACUUUGUGAACCAAUAAAUUUUACAAAUCGAUAUGCCACAAUGAUCUUUAUUUUGAACAACUAAUGUGAGUUU